AUAUAUUGUUUUGACAUUUUAUAUCUUUCAUUUAUUUAUGAAAAUUUAAUUUUAUUAAAUGAGCUCUCUGUAGUACUUUCUUUAUUGAUUUAUAAUUAUGUAUCGAAUCCACCAUUUAAGAUAUAAACUAAGAGAUUAUUAAUUUUUUUAGCACACAAAGUGACAAAGAAGUUAAAAUUUUGAAGGACACAAAAGAAGAAGUUAAAAUUUGCAAAUAUAUUUCAAUUAAUAAAAAAAAGUGAAGAGCUUUCAUUUUCUCACCCUUCUCGUACGUUGAUAUAUGAUAAUAAAGAAUAUCGCGAUCUAGAUCCCACAAAUAUCGUGUAGUAUCAGUUACUCGUGUAACUUUGGAAGAAUGAGAAACCACAUUGGCAUCCACAUUAUCAAUCUUCCGCUUAUUCGUUUAAUUUACCUUGAAAAUAUUCUAGCAAAACCAACCACAAAUAAAACUAUUGUUUGUCACUAAUUUAUUAAAACUAUGUUUUCAGUAAACUAAACUGCAUAUAAUCAUAAUUUAUAUUUUGUAUUUUCAAUGUUGUGUUUUAUUUUCAAUGUUGUAUGGGAAAAGGAAUAGGAACAAAGCAAAAUGUUGCAUUCAUUUUUAUUAACUUAAUUUACUUAUUAUUUUUUUUAUAAAAUGUAAUAACUCGUAGAAACAUCGUGACAUUUUACAUGCAUUUGAAUUCUUGAAAGUAUUGUAGACAUAUCUAUUAAUAUCUAAGAAUAUGUAUAAUGAUUUUAUUUUAAUUUUUAACCCUAAUUAAUACCUAUGAACUCGGCUCAUCGACUGAAAUAUGAAAACGAAAUUUUGUGCCUAGGAUAACUCGAUCUAAAUACAAAUUGCUUAUGUUACUAACCAAAAGAUUUCCAUUUUGAGACUUCGAUAUUGAAAAAGUUUUUGUUAUUGCCAAAAUUUGGUAUGGAGUCACAGACUCACAACCAUAUAGGUGGGGUUGUUUGCUUGAUGAAUUUGGAGCUAUCGUGAACUUUUUCCAACCAUUGCUUGCUUCAUGUAUUUAGAUGCAACAAAUAUGUGGGUCUCAUGUAUUUUAAGGUUCCAAAUUUGUGGGCCACACAGACUUGAAAAUUUCACCUCUUUAGAUGGAAAUUCAUCAUGGAAUUUGCAUAUUAUUAUUUAUGACCAACCUACCCUCAUAUUUCAUUUCCCUUCUCAUACCAAUGAGGGUAAUAUAUGUCAUUUUCACUUCCAACAUACAAAUUCAAUUAACCAAAUGCAUCAUGAAAUCUAUGAAACUAAAUAUGGUAUUUUCAAAUACAUAAUGAACCAAAAACCUUCAUAUAUCCAUGCUUUUACAAAAUCCAAGUUUUAUUAAAACCUUCAGUUUUUCAAAUCCACGAAGCAAACUAUCCCAAUGUUUUCUUACAAUUGUCAUACUAAACUCAUCCUUAUUAAAGAUUCUUUAUUUUAACACAAUACCUCAAUUCAUAUUAUUGUAGCUACAAAAGUUUUUUUGUUUAGAUAUCUCAACUAACACACUUAUGUCUAUUUAUUGUCUCUAUCCUCGAAUUUAGAUUUGUCUACCAAGACAUCAACUAUUAAAUAAAAUUUUUCAACCCUUAUUUGAUCAAUGCUAAGGUUAGUGGUUGAUGAAACGUGAUGUUUAUCGUAUAUCCUCAACGAAGAUUUUCUUAACCUUCACACGUGUUGUUUUUUAAGUGAUGUUGUGUCUCAUCUUAGGUAUGAAGUCAAAACUCGUCAAAAAUCAUACUUAAGUCAUUUUGAAAACUUUGAUGUAAUAAUGUUCGACAAUAACACCAAAUCCGAAAAGAAAUUAUUUAGCAUUCGACUUAUAACUUCAAUAGAGAUUGUUCAAUUAAUAUGAUAUAGAGUGAAUAUUUUUAUAUGAACCCUAGGAAAAAUUAUAAAGUAUUGCACACCUGAUUCCUCUUAAUUUGAGAAACAGAAGAUAGAACAUGAAUAUAUGUUUUCACUUAAUCAUGAUGAAUAAAAGGUUUUUUAAAGAAAGAACUAUUAUUGCUUAGUCAAAUUUAUAUUCAGACCUUUUACUAUAUAAGACUUGUUUUAUUUGAUAGAAAUAUAUAUUAUAAAUAAUUUGACCAAAAACAAUACAUUAGAAAUAAGAGAGUUGUUAAUACAAAAAAUAUAAAUUCAUAUAUUUCGUUUUCAAAGUCGAUUGAUAAAAAUAUUAUUAUAUAUGUGUACUUUUUUAAUCAUUUGUUUGCAAUGUUUCUAUUGUAAUAUUUUGUUUAAUUGAUACAAAUAUUAUUAUACAUGUGUACUUUUUUAAAUUUUUGUAAAAAAUGUAACUUAUUAUUAAGUUUUGGUGAAAAUGAGUAGAAAAUUUACUUGAUAAAAUUUAAUCAUAUAUUUUUUAUUUAAACAAAUUCAAUAUAGUCACUCUUUAUUUCCAUUUUUAUAUUUUUUUAAUUGACAAAAAUAUUAUACUUUUGUGUGUUUGUUUACAUUCUCAUAAAAAUGUAAUUUAUUACUAAUUUUUACUAAAAAUGAGUAGAAAUAUUAAAAGAAAAGAGAGAUAACUCCAUAAAUAGAUCAAUAAUGAAUUUUUUGUUUGCAAAAAAAGUUGUCCACCUUUGCAACUUGUGAAUUCUCCAAGUGCUUAUGUGGCAAGAAGUUAUGUUUGAAUUGCCAUAAUAUAUAGUAUAGAUAGAUAUAGAUAGAUAGAUAGAUAGAUAGAUAGAUAGAUAUAGAUAGAUAGAUGACAUAUUAUAUUAUUGACCUACAUGAAAUCGUAUUUUAAUUUGUUCAAAUAUUAGUGUAACUCCUACCUAGAUUUCUAAAUGCCUAAUAUUAUGUAUUCUCACUUACAUAGAAACUUAAAUACAUUAUUUUUAUCCAAAAUAAUACAUUAAAAAAAAAAACUACUAUGGAAAAGCCUCUACUUGAAAAACAGUGACUAGAAUUAGGAAUGCCCAUUUCAAUUUUCAACCCGUCUCGCUGCAUUCUUAAUCCGCCCCUUUUGUAAUUUUCUUCAAUAUCUAUUUGCAUUUCUUACAUUUUCUGUCUUUUCAAUAAUAUUUUCACAUGUAACUUUGAAUAUGUGCAAUAAUUAAUUUAUUAUUAUUAUUUAAACUCAAUUACUCAUUAUAUUAUCACUUUUAUUUGUUAUAAUCAUAAAAUAAUUAUUUUUUUACAUUUAUUUUUUCAAAUAAGAAUUAAGAAUGGAUCGACCCGUUCUCCGCGUACCCUCCCCACCCCUAAUCAGAAUACAUGAUUAUCAAGAAAGCAAAGGAACAUGAAAUUAUUUAUGUUAUUUUCUUUUGGUAGAGAUUUUAUCCCAGAAGAUAAGAUGAUAUAACAGAUAAGCAUUGCUUGCAUUUGUUUAUUCAACUCAAACUUUUGGUUUUUCGUCUCCUUCAAACUUCAAUUGCAAGUGGUAAUUGCAUCAUAAAAGCCUUACCAAAGUCCAAAAGAUAGUUACACCAUAAAGAAAGGGCAUACCAGACGGAAGAACAUGCAGUACUGAAAAGAAGCAGCUUCGGAAUGUGGUUUACUAGAGUCUAGAGGGCAUAAUGGUAAAAGCCGUUAGAGGAGAGCAAUGGAAGGAAGUGACAUCACCAACGUUGUCAAAUAUUUUUUGUUUUUUUGUUUUUACAAAUAGUAUCAACUUUUAUUCCACCAAACGAAAAAAGCAUUCAACAACCAUUACAAUUUCAGAGGAGAACAGAAAUUAGAUCAAGAAUAUUAAUCCAGUCUUCUGGUAGAAUUGAUUUAGCUUUUGAUCUUGCUACCCAAUCAGCUCUGACGUUCGAAGCCCUCGGAACCUCUUCCACUGAAAUAGCUGGGUUAGUUCUAAGGAGAUUGACCAUUGUUCCAAUCCAUGCCGCACAUCUCCAGGGCCAUCGCUGAUUUUGGUUCAGGGCCUUUACCAGCACCUGACAGUCAGAUUGUACCGUACACACCGAUCCAUAUUCUUGCGCUAAUUUAAUUCCUUCCAGAAGAGCCUUUGCUUCCGCUUCAAUCGGGGUGGAACAAAGAAGAUUUUCAGCUCUCCCAUCACACACUUGUCCAUGGUGGUUAACAACAACAACGCCAUAUGCCGCCGACUGGGGGUCGCUAAAAAACGACCCAUCACAUUGAAUCACUAUCGAGUGAUUACUUGGCGGUUGAUUCGUAGUACGAUGGGAUCCCCUGAGCUGAGUGGGACAAUCAGAGCCUUGAGGUGGGGGCCUCGGGCAAGCGAUCCAUUCUGAAAGCUCCCUAUAGGUUUGCAGACACACGUUUGGGGGCCAGGGUGCCCGAUUCUUGAAGGUGCACUCGUUCCUUGCCUUCCAAAUGUUCCAACACAAUUAGAUAAUAUGUAUGAGGGAGAUAACGUUGUCAAAUACGUUACGCUGAUAUAGCAAGUGAAAUUGAUCUGAUCAGAAUACAAUUGGUUUAUGUCGAGUUUAACAAAAUAUGCAGAGAAGAUAGAAAACUAUUAAUGCAUAUGAAUUAUGAAUAUAUAUAACCUAUCUCAAGACAGUUUUCAUAUAGAUAUAUAUAUCCUCAUAUUUAAAUACAACAUUUAAUAUCAUUAAUAAAAUGAUUAUACUUAAAUCUAACAUCGAUGCACAUAUUUUAAAUAAAAUAUGUUACACACAUAAUGACAAAUACUCACAUUUCAGUACAACUUUUGUUAAUUAAAUCCACCAAAACAUUGACGGUUUUAGAAAAAAAAAGAAAAAAUCGGUUGGACCACUGAUUUUUUAAAUUUUAACCGAUAUUUAUCGAUUCUAACCUUAUUAACCCGAUUCUACCAAUCGAUCAACCACCGAGUUGACAACCAUGGAUUAGAGAGCGCUAACUUUUUACAAAAGGUUGGAAUUCGUAACACAUACUGAUAGUGCCACCACCUCCCACAUGAAAAUAAAUAUAAACCAACGUGUCAGAUUGGUGUACUUCUGGAGUAUACUAUACUCCAGGUAUUUUCUAGUGAGAUAUCUCUACUUAGAUCAUAAAUUAAAUCGAGUUUGAGGUAUGAUAAUAUACUCUAACUUUUAUUAUCUCAUACUCCGAUUUUCUAAACUCGGACCCGAAACUCAAGUUAAUGGAAAAUAAUAAAUGAUCGUUAACAUUGAUCGGAACUCAUCAAAGUACAUUUAACGAUCAUAUCACCUGAAGUAUACUAUGCUCCCUUAUGGAGUAUAUAAGUCAUUACCAUAAACCAAUACAUCCAAAAGAAAAGCAAAAGAAAAACAGAGCCAUUAGAGAGCUGCUUAAGAAGGUAACGGGGAGGCAGAGAUAGGCGACGGAGAUUUGUCGGCUUAGGAAAGCAAGAAGAAAGAGGAAGAGAGGCGGUGGGAAGUAGGAAGAAGAAGUGAAAAAAAAGAGAGAAAGGGAAAGGGUAGUCACUGCCUGGGGAAGGGAAGAGACAAAGAGGAGUCGCCGUCAAAAAGAGAGAGAGAGACCCGCCUCCUUGCUAUUUCCUUCUUCUUCCUCCUCUCUCAACUGGAUCUUCCCCCCACCACCACCUUAAUAUAUUGUUUUUCCAACACUCCUAUCAAAUCUCCAUACUAAUCAUUCCUAGCUUUCUCUCUUUCUUUACCCCAAAAUACACCCAUUUCCAAAACACCUCCCUCUUCCCUCCAUUGCAGCAGCACAAGCAAGAAGCUGAGCUAUCUCUCUCUGCCUCUCAUUCUCUUGUUUCUCUGCUUUUACUUGGGGGGAAAGAAAAAACCUUGUUUUUUUGUUGUUGUUCUUCUUCUCAUGUGUGUCUUGUUUUAAUUUCUUCUCUUUUUGUCUGAUGGGUAUGAGAAUAAAGCUCCGGGGUUGAGAUGUGCAGAAUAUCCACAAAGUGGGUUUGCUUCCUUGGGUUCAAAAGCGGCCAACUUUGGAGGGUUGCAAGCUUUUGCCUUGUUAGCUUCUCUUUUGGGCUCAAAGGGAAGUGGAAUUUUUGAGUUCACAUGGUUUUGAAAUUUGAUUGUGUUUUUGCUUCCACCUUCUUCUUAUGCUGGCUUAAAUUUAGCAGCAGAAGAAAUGAGCAUUUUUCAAAAUGUAGUUGACUGAGAAGCAAAAUUUCAAGCCUUCAACUAGUUGACUAGCUUCAGAUUCAGCCUCAGAGCUUUUUUUUUUUACUGUGAUAGUUGUGUUCUUGUUGCAAGAGCUUUUUUGGGGUUUUCCUGGAGAUCAACAAACUUUGUCUAUUUUUGACAUUUUAGAGAUUUUGGUGUGAAAGGAAGAGAACCCACCCCCAAUGAAGAAAUUCCACUGGUUCAAGCAAAUCUCCAACAAUAAUAUUAAUAGUAACGCAGGAUUGGGGAGGAGGCUUUCACUAGGAGAGUACAGGAGAGCAAUCUCAUGGUCCAAGUAUCUAGUCUCAUCUGGUGCUGAAAUCAAAGGGGAAGGAGAGCAAGAAUGGAGUGCUGAUAUGUCCCAAUUGUUCAUAGGCAACAAAUUUGCUUCAGGGAGGCACAGCAGGAUCUACAGAGGGAUCUACAAGCAGAGAGAUGUUGCUAUCAAGCUCAUUAGCCAGCCUCAGGAGGAUGAAGAUUUGGCUUCCUUUCUUGAGAAGCAGUUCUCUUCUGAAGUUGCCUUGCUCUUUCGCCUAACCCACCCCAAUAUCAUCACUUUUGUUGCAGCAUGUAAGAAGCCUCCAGUAUUUUGUAUCAUCACCGAGUACUUGCCCGGAGGGUCACUGAAGAAGUACCUUCACCAUCAGGAGCCACACUCGCUCCCGCUGAGCCUGGUCCUGAAGCUGGCAAUGGACAUUGCUCACGGAAUGCAGUACCUUCACUCGCAAGGAAUUCUUCACAGGGAUCUCAAGUCGGAGAACCUGUUGCUUGACGAGGACAUGUCUGUUAAAGUGGCCGAUUUCGGGAUCUCGUGCUUGGAAUCACAGUGUGGUAGUGCCAAGGGGUUCACGGGGACGUAUCGGUGGAUGGCUCCCGAGAUGAUCAAGGAGAAACACCACACGAAGAAGGUCGACGUGUACAGUUUCGGGAUCGUGCUGUGGGAGCUCUUGACUGCGUUGACUCCAUUCGACAACAUGACCCCUGAACAGGCGGCUUUUGCAGUUUGCCAAAAGAAUGCUAGACCACCGCUGCCUGUUACAUGUCCGAGAGCACUUAGCCGGCUGAUCAAUCGAUGUUGGUCGAGUAAUCCGAGCAAGCGACCGCAUUUCGACGAGAUAGUUGCGAUUUUGGAGAGAUACUCGGAGUCCUUGAGUCGAGAUCCUGAUUUCUUCUCGAAGUACAAGCCAGGCCUUGAACAUAGUAAGUUAGGACGCCUUGCGAAUUGCAUUGUAGCAUCUCCCUGCACUUUUGCAAAAGCCUCCUCCUCAUCCUCGUAGGAAGGAAGAACUCUAUAAGAAGUCGUUUCUUUGCCCUCAUUUAUGGAAUGCUAAGUGUACAAAUAUUCUUCUUCUUGUGGGCGGGCCUUGGUGUCUAGGAACAUACUUUGGCCUUCUCUUUCUUAGGUUGAUGUCAUUAGCUUCUUCUGCACCAAAAUUAUAUGGGGAAUGAAGAGAGGUUCAUCUGAAUGCCCAUUUUGUGGAGGAAGAUUCAACGUUUAAUAAGCUUAUGCUCAUUGGAAAAAAUCUACUUCUCCCCGCUACCGUUUUGUCAAGAGAAUUCAAGCCAAUUAUCACAUUUUGAGAGAAUUGAGCCCAAUUCUCGAACCAAAUAACUACAUAACGAUUCCUCAGGUUUUUCAGGGGGCAUUUUUUGAUUUUAUAAUCCUUUUCAAUCUCAUAUUUAAUAUCAUGUGCUUUGUAUCUCUCUGUACAAUCCUCGUCUCGCUAAAGGAUAACUUUUACAAUGUCAGAGCUGACAUGUCUCACUGGCGAACACAAUCACCAAUAACCCUUGAGGAUUGAUAGGACCAUAGGAAGAAGUGAAUGACAGAUGAAUAAAUUUCUGAUGAUGAAAAGAUCGAUGAGUCAGUUGAGUAUUAAAAAAGUUAGUAGUAUAACUCAACCCAAAUAAGAAACAAAGACCAUAUUAAAUUGAAUAUGGGCGAAUAGAAAAUUAUGAUUGCAUCCACUACCGCAUAGACAUUAAUAACAGUUUGAACAAGUACCACAUAAUUUCUAAUGGUUAGAAAUAAAUUUGGAGCCUGCAGUUGUUCAAAGGAGCAGAAGCAGACAAAUUAAUGAUAUUAAUAAGCUGUAACGAAUGAUGAAAGCAUAACGACGGUUUGGCCGAGUGGUCUAAGGCGCCAGAUUUAGGCUCUGGUCCGAAAGGGCGUGGGUUCAAAUCCCACAGCCGUCAAUUUUUUUUUCCACUUGAACUGAACGCCUCUAAGAUUAGUGAAUUUUGCACGUUUAGCAUCCUCUGCUUCAUUAGGUUCUUUUGUGGUACAGUAAAUUGUUAGGCGUAGU